AUGACAGGAUCCGUACUUCUGCUCGGAGACGGCAAUUUUUCGUUCUCGCUAGCAUUAGUCAAAUUUUUGAGGUCGCUUGAUCCAGAACUACUAAAAAGAGCCCAUUCGUAUCUGCACCACGAAGAUCACGCCAAUGGUUUGGCUGUGUUGGCCACAUCAUUUGAUUCUUACGACACCCUGAUUGCCAAAUACCCCGAAUCGAAAGAUAUUCUAAGGAAAUUGGUUGCUUUGGAAAAUACUCAAGUCAUGCAUAAUAUUAAUGCGUGGGAGCUGUCCACUACUUUUGCCCGAACGUUUGACGCUAUUGUGUGGAAUCACCCACACCUUGGAACUGAAGAUUUUAGACUGCACGGGUUUUUGAUGGCGCAUUUCUUCCACUCGUGCUCAGAAGUCUUGUCGCCAAGAGGACACGUUUGCGUUUCUGUUGUAUCGGGUCAAGACGAAAGAUGGGAUCUCGUUGGACAAGCUCAGAAAGCUGGGCUAGGCCUUGUUGGGACAGAAGAAUUUGUUGAAGGCGAUUGGCCUGGUUACAUCGUAAAGAGAAAUACAUCAGGCAAGUCAAGCUCAUAA